AGACACACAGACAGACACGCCAACAGUCUGGGCGUCAAAUAUUCACAUUUGAGUAUGUUUUUCAUGUGAUUCUGCCUACAUCGGGAGUUGAAUACAGCAUCGAAUGUGCUGCCAUCUAGUGUAGAAAAGCUUCCAAGAUGGCAGAGAAUGCUUCCAUUGUAACAGAUGUCAUGAAACAGAUCCUAAAGGUGGCAUCAGCAGAGGGGGUAUCUCAAGUCAGUAUAGAUAAACAAAGAGUUGUUGUGACGACAUCAGCUAUAAAGAAAGAGCCUAUUGAACAAUCAACUUCAGAGCCAACCAAACCCUUAAAAACUGCGGUGAGGAUGGCCUCCCAGUUACUGAAGAAAUCUAGCUCUACAAUACGACUACAAUGUAGUAGGGCAAAAUCACCUGAAGAAUUGAGAAGGGAAUUACCAAAUAAAAGUCACCUGAAUUUGAACCCAGGGAUGAAAUGGAGCGCUGAUACCAAAUGUGCCUCAAUGACAAUCAAAUCAUUUCCAAUAAAGGAAGAAGAUAGCCCAGUUAAAGUUAGUGUCAAUACCACUGGGGAUGCUGACAAAAAGUUGUUUGGAACAGUAGCAAUGAAAACGGAAAAUUCUUCUGCUGGCUCGAUCAAAUGCAAUGACACCACUCAAUCUUUGAGCACCACCUCAGCCCAAACACCAGUGAACGCAGAGCAGUUGGAGAUGACCUCACAACAAAACAGGGUUGUUUUUUCUCUAAACAGUUCAUCUCAGACUCAAAACAGCACCUCACAACCAGAGAACAGCAUUUCUCAUUCUCAAAACAGCGAUAUCCAACCUGAAAACAGCACUUCUCAAUCUGAAAAUAGCCUUUCCAAGCCAUGGCACUACCUUGUUCAACAGAAACAGAAUUAUGUCCAACCCCAAGAUUGUAAUUCUGAGGUGAAAAAUAAUAUCCAACCUCAAAAGUGUGUUUCCCCAGUUCUAACGCAAAACCAGACAGAUAACAGUGAAACAAGGCUAUUGGAGAGUCCCAAUACUGCAAAGGAAGAUACGACGCCAGACGGUAAUAUCACAGGCCAGAAUGUGAAGAGAGUUGAUCAGUUCACGUGGCAACUGCCAUCUUAUCGAUCAAAUCCAACUCAUAAACCUACACAGUUUGAAAGCAAACCAAUUCCAUUAUCAGAAAUACGAAGGAUUCGUUCUAGGAUAUUGAAAUUUGUAGAACUAUAUGAAUCGAUUGGAAAGGUGAACGAAGAAACGGGAAGACCGAUGUUCAGUUAUACUGAGCUCUGUUAUCUGGCUCUACUGAAAGCUCCUGACUUUCGCGUGCCAACAAAAGUGAUAUAUUCCUAUAUAGAGAAAACGUUUCCAUUUUUUAACAAGGACUGCCCAAGGAAAACAUGGAAAAAUGCAAUACGACACUGCCUAUCAAAAUCGAAAUGUUUCUUCAAAACUACUAAGAUGCAGAAAACACCUGGGUAUGAUCAUGAAGUGGCACUCUGGACACUCUCGCCAUCAUUUCUUGUGAGUUUUGCAAGAGGCGAUUUCAGAGUUGAUAGAGAUCAGUUGUGUAGUAACUUAAGAUGGGCAUUUGAGGCAGUUGACAAUGCUGGUGCAUUUUGGCACAGUGCUGCUCAGGCUGUUGCAUGUAUGAUACAAGAGAAUUAUAUCAGAGACAUUGUGGCUGAAGAACUUACUGAUAUAUUGUAUGUCCCUCCAGAAGAUAUUCCCAACACAAAGAAAAUGCGAGCUGUUACAGCUGCAAUGAUGAAAGUAAAGCCUGUGAUUAUUGUUGAUCAAAAGACUGUGUCGAACACUGGAGACAAAGAGGAACCUUUGAAAAGUGUUGAGCCAUGUACAAUGCCCAGCAAGGCAAAUAUGAUAGAGUUGGAUCCUGCGAAAACUUGCUUUUCAAGUAAACAGCGACCAAUACUUCCAAAGCCACAAGAAUCUGGUGAAACCCCCUGCACAAGAUCCGAAGCUUUUUGUGACUCUAAAUCUUGGAACCCUCUAAAGCGGAAGUCCCUUAUGUUUCCUAUUUCACCAAAGAAGAGAAAGCGUGUUGAAAGUAACCCUAGUCUUUAUUCCAAACGCUAUACUGCUCCUAAGCCGAUAGAUGUUAAUCAAAGCCAUAAGUACCUUACCAGGUGCAGUUCUCGUCGGCAGGCAUUUAUGGAAAAUAACUUUCCAAAACGGCCUAAGAAGAAACAUAAAGUUCCUGAAAGUCAAAAGGGACAAUUUAUGUAUGGACUUGGUUUACGAAAUAUCAAAAAAGGUGAAAAGGUAUUAGUCCGUGAAAGUGAGUUUGAAAAACAAAGACAGAUAGAUUAUCAAAAAAUAAUGAACCUUGCCAAAGAAAAAACACAAGCUCAAGAUGAAUCCAUCAAACGUAUUACAAUGAAUGGUUUAGGAGAAGAUUCCCUGAUAAUAAACUGCGAUGUGGACACUGAUAUAUGUGAAAAUGUUACAUUAGGUAACCUCCUCUCAGAAACCCUAGAAAAUUUAUCCCAAAAAACAACACAGAAUUUCAGUAUGCAAUUCGCUGAAAAUGAAGAUGAUGAAAAACUUAAAGGACCUGGGGUUGUUCUAAAGAGUAAAAUCAGUAUGAAGGUGAUUGAUGAAGACCCUAAUGCCAUAAAACAAGAACUUGAUGCUGAUGACAUGCUAGUUGACAAGAAAAAAGAAGAGUGGGAGAGUGACAUUGAUGAGGUUUGGGAAAUGGAUGAUGAAUAUAUUGAUGAGAAAAAGGACUAUAAUUUGGAGAAGAUUUGGAGAUUGGGAAGUGACCAUAGUUAUGCUGUUGACCCAUACAUGUGCAAUGCAGACGUUUUCGUAUGCGAGUACGAGAAAGGAACCAAGAUGAAGGGAGGGAAGAAUCCUAUGGAGAGGAAGAUUCGUCUGAAGACAGUGAACCCUUACAUCACAUGCUAUCUGUGUAAAGGCUACCUGAUAGAUGCCACUACAAUUACAGAAUGCCUACAUACUUUCUGUAGGAGCUGUAUAGUGAAAUUCCUGAAGGAGAACAACACAUGUCCGAAGUGUGAAGAAGUCAUCCACCAGAGCCACCCUAUGAACUACAUCAGUCACGAUCGAACAAUGCAGGACAUUGUCUAUAAACUAGUGCCCAAUCUUCUGGAGAAUGAGAGAAAGAAAGAGGAGAGGUACCAUAAGAAGAAAGGUCUUCCACUUCCAAGACAUGACUCUGAAGAGAAUGAUCACAAACCUCCCGCAGUACCUGAGGAUCCUAAAGGAGACUGUCACCGUAGCGACGAACAAGUAAACCUCUGUCUAGAAUGUAAAUCUAACAAGCUGAAUAAACUGAAGCGCAAGUUUCUCCGUUGUUCAUCCCAGGCCACUAUUACACACGUCAAGAAGUUUGUAGCAUUGAAGCUCUACAAAGAUCUCAAUCGAUUUAAAGAGGUUGACAUACUGUGCAAUGAAGAGAUCCUGGGGAAAGACCAUACACUCAAAUUUGUUACUGUCACAAGAUGGAGGCAAAAAAACUGCCCAUUGCUCCUUCACUACAGGCCAAAAGUUGAGAUUUAACAAUUUGAAAGUAGAUUCACGAAUACAGUUAUUGUACAUAUAUCUGCAGUAUUUCCUAGAACAAUCCAAUGUCUGAUAUGUGAUUAUUAUAUUCAAAAUAGUGUACAUGUAAAUAGGCAUAUACUUACUGUACAUAUAUAGCACACUGUGGAAAGUAUAUGAAUCAUGGCACAGUGUUGAACAGUGGAACACAUGUCUAAUAGUGAAGUACUCCAACUCUUGAUACAUAUCUAAAUGUAAGUGGAACACCUCCCAAGUGGAAC